AUGAAGGACUGUGCGGUUGUGGACACGGAGACGGCCAAGAUGGAGUGCGCCUGGGGAAUUAUCUACGCAUUUGACAACUUCGGUUGGGCCGUUGAGUACAUCCUACAGAGCAUCAACGACUGCAAGGAGGAAGGCAACGUCGAUGUUUUAUGUGCCGAAGCCAUUGGGGACAUUGUGUUCUCAGGAACUGGCAUGAUGCCAUCCGUGGCUUGGGCGUAUCGCGACUGUCGGCAGCGAUUCCGGAGCUGA